AUGCCAACCGUUGAACUGGUCGAGAGUUUCCGAGCUCCAAUUUAUGACGGGAACUGGCUUGAUCCCAGUUCUGCACUUCAACAUUAUAUUGGCUUAUGGGAAUUUCUGCGCAGACUGAUUUUCGUCUUCGCUGAUUACUAUCAGCCUCUUGCAACCACUCUCAGUCGUGGUGGGUCCACAUCCCUUCCAGAAGAUGAAGAUGAAGAUGAAGAACAGUAG